AUGGGGAGCUGGAAUGCAAUAGAAGAAUACUACCGAAAGGCAAUUGAUGUCCAAGGUUUGGCGACAUUUACCGACAGGCAAUGCUCGAUGAUAUUGAACGUCUCCAAAAGCAGGCGGGCUGCUAUGCGCGAGGCGAGAUUGGUAAGAGUAUCUAUUGCUAUUUUCGACACCCACCACCGAAUGGCCACGUUCGUUGUUACGAACUCCCAAACCAGGAAUCAGCGGGGCGACCUGAUAUACUCUUCAAAUCUAUCCGUUGUGAGUGGAGGUUAUUUGACCCCGAGGGUUGCCCUUGUGCGGGAGCCUUGAGGACUAGACAUUUAAGUAUGAGGAUGGAAAACUGCUCGGUCAGACACAAUCAAUAUCGGAACGUUUUGCCCCGAAGGCUGCUUCAAUGGCCCGUACGAGAUCAGUGGUUGUCUUGGAAGGUGAAUGCAUUAAAAAUUAUGGGCAAAAGUGCACACUAUUUGUGAUCAUUAUUGUCCUGAGGCUCAUUGACAGAACCGCUUGGAAAGAGGGCCGUGAGGCGUGCAUCCAACACUGGCAAUAUUUACAAAAUUCGAAUAAACACGACUAUCAUGCCCACCUGAAGCCUAUUGGGUUGGUCAGCCAGUUAAAUCUUCUGCGAAGGGAAGGUGCUUGUGGAUAAGUGCGGAAACAAAAACAGUUCUCGACGAUCCCAGGGAUGCUGUUCUGAUAUACUAUAACAUCAAGGGACUCAUAACGGAACUAGCAUUCGUGCUGUGGGAUGAGGAUGAAGGAUGUUUCUCCCGGGGUCUUGUUAUUAGUUCUCUGGAUACAGAGUAGAUGGGUCGAUAUACUAGGGGUUGAGUUUAAUGCAGACGCUACGGAGUAGAGGGGAGCUGUUUGAAUGAUUUGCAGGCUGAAGUUCGAAUACAUAACAAGGCUCUGUGGUUCAGCUAGAUUGAUUCGGAUUGGGUAUC